UCUUCCAAAACUAUCGUUUCAAUUGCCCAUCUCCAGAAGGAUAAGGUAGCCAUCAUCUGGCCAUGGCAACGGCGUAAAUUCGUUAGUAUUGCAAACACCACGAUCGAGAACACACCACAAAUGACGUCCGCAACGGAAACAGCACCCACUGCCACCUCCCUGCUGCAGCUGAAUGAUGAUGUCCUGGCUUUGAUUGUCCGACAGCUGAAUGUUUACCAGCAGUACGAGAUCGGAAAAUUGAACAGGCGUUUGGAGAACAUAGUUCAGAUGCUCUGGAGGACCCGUGCCCGCAGUGUUGUCCUGCAGGACGAGAUGUUCCGGCGAUCGGGAACCAACUCCCGCCAGUUUUUGGCCUUUUUCUUGGCUCUGGCUCCUCAUAUGGAGCGCCUAAGUUUUCACAAUUUAGAUGUCCGAAGAUUACGCCUCCUUAGCAGUCAAACCAUCGAGGGAAUCCACUCCGUGGAGUGGCUAGGCGAUGGAAAUCGACGGGGACGCAUCCGAUUCGUGGACGAGGAUGUGCGAUUGCUGCGACGGGUAUUCCCCCAGCUAAGAAGACUCAAACUCCGGAGCUGUCAAAUUACUGGGAAGUACCUGUGCGACCUCGAACACCUUAGCGAACUCUGCCUGGAUGACUGUCAGUUUCUGGAAUCGCAGCACUUUAGGGAUAUCUUCCGGCAGCUGAGACUGCGCAAAUUCGAUAUCAUGGAGGACUGCGAUGAGGUGAACUGCUGUGAUCUCGUGGAUUUGCAGCUUUGUCCCACAUUAGAGCACAUUAAGAUUGCCGACUACCACCUGUGCAUGGAGUCGGAUAUUACGCAGCAACUGCUACGCUUGCCACGCCUCCAGAAGCUGUCGAUUUAUUCCAAGAACUUUGUCUUCGACGUCCUGUCUCGAAUAGCCCGUCCCAGCAGCCCACCCGGCGCAGUCAGACUUAUAGAGGCCUUUCGCUUCAGUGGGAUUCUCCAUGAUUAUGGAAGAUUCUUUAAAGAGCUUGGAAAUCUUAGACAGCUCACGCGACUGGAGCUACAUGGCCAGGCGGAAGAGGAGGAGGGCGGCAAGCUGCAAUGCCUGCAGGAUCAUAUUCUGCGAAAACUGGCCAAUCAACUGCGCGACUUAACCGAUCUACAUUUGUGUGGCUAUCAGUUGGAGAGUCCCUUGGGCCUGCUGGAAUUCGUGAUCAAUUGUCGGCAGCUGAAGAUCCUUGACAUAACACGAUCUCAGUGCCACGGAGAGUCCUUCGUCUGGAGUUGCAUUGCCAUUUUGGCCAAGCAAAGGUGGCGCAGUCAACCUUUAGAACUAUGGAUCAGACAUAGCGACAUAAAUCUGGAGAUCGUACACAGUCCACGCUGCCUGGACAAUAUAAAGCUAAUAAAGAUUGAUACGAAGCAGAUCGGACCAAAUAUGGACUACACUUCGGGCGUGCUCAAGUUCAGCUUUAUGCGGUGAUCAAUUUCCAAGUAACUAUAUAUUGACCUAUGAAUGAUGAAAGACUGAAGAAUCUACUCUUUACGGCAUACUAUUUAAGGUGAACUGGAGAAGCCCCAACUGCUCAGAAUCAAUUAUAAAGUUUUAAACUGAAAUCUAAUUAAGUUCAUAUGUAUAUUUCCAUACAUCAAAUACCAUCCAAAUAAAAUGAUGAAAAUUAAAUAAAAGAGGUUAGAAUAGUAUUA